AUGAACCCUUCAGUUCCACCUUCAGCUGCCGAAUACGGUGGAGAUGAGGUUUCGGCCAUCGUCCUUGACCCCGGGUACUCCACCACACGCGCCGGCUUCGCAGGCGAAGAUACCCCCAAGUCCCUUAUUCCAACAUACUACGGAAAGUAUUCGUACGAGGAUCAAGAAAAGCUCAUCUUCGGUGAUGAUGUCUUUGUCACUCCGCGCCCUGGCCUGUCAAUUCACAACCCAAUGGGUCGGGAUGGAGUUGUGGAGGAUUGGGAGAUGGCAGAAAAAGUCUGGGAAUACUCCUUUACGUCGCGACUUACUGGCGCAAAGCCUGGAAAUCCUCUACAAAACGGACUGAACGAUGUGUCGGAGGGCGAUUUGCCGACGGAGAUGGAAGGCGUGGAAACCGAGGAAAAACCUCUCGCAGACAGCCCUAUCUUGAUGUCCGAGUGCAGCUGGAAUCCUACCAAGGCUCGUGAAAAGACAAUCGAAAUCGCUAUGGAGAAGUGGGGUACUCCUGCUUUUUAUCUCGCAAGAAGUGGAGUUCUCGCUGCGUUUGCUGCUGGUAAGGCUUCCGCGCUUGUCGUUGAUAUCGGUGCCUCCAAUAUCUCCGUGACUCCGGUUCACGACGGCAUGAUCCUCAAACGAGGAGUUCAGCAUUCUCCUCUCGGUGGAGACUACAUUUCCUCUCAGGUUCGCGCUCUGUUCAAGACGAACACACCACAACCCGUUACCAUUACCCCCCACUAUCUUAUCUCCUCCAAAACCGCCGUGGAAGCCGGUCAACCCCCCCAAGCCAAAUACAAGACUUUCCCAGCGGACAAGGCCCCUGAUGCCUCCUACCGCACCCUCCUCGAAGAACGAACUCUAUCCGAAUUCAAGGAAUGCGUUGUCCAGGUGUGGCCCGGGCCCAACAAACUCUCUGCCAACAAUCCCAACGGUGUCCCCAACGAGGAAAUGGCCAGGAGCAGCCCCGGCCGACCCUUCGAAUUCCCCGAUGGCUACAACCAGGUCUUUGGCGUCGACCGAUACAGAGUCGUUGAGUCCCUCUUCGACGCCAAAGCCGCAAUCCCUGACCCGGACUCGCUCUUCCCCGCACCAACCCAAGCCCAGACCGUACCGGAGCUCAUCAAGAGUGCUCUGAACGGCGUCGAUGUUGACGUUCGCCCGCAUCUACUUAGCAACGUCGUCGUAACGGGCGCGUCGAGCUUGCUCCACGGCUUCACAGACCGCUUGAACCAGGAACUCAUGCAAAUCUAUCCCGGACCGCGCGUCAGGAUCUCCGCCCCCGGAAAUACUUCCGAGCGAAGAUUCAGCUCCUGGAUCGGUGGAAGUAUCCUCGCGAGUCUGGGAACUUUCCAUCAAAUGUGGAUCUCAAAGAAGGAGUAUGACGAACACGGCCCCAAUAUUGUUGAGAAGCGCUGCAAGUAA